AUGUCGUUUAGUAAACAGAUGCAGUGGGAGGUUGUUGGCCUAAUUAUUAUUUGUUGCUAUUUGGCCACCACUGGCGUUGCACGAUGCAAUCCUGAAUGGUGUGGUUCACAGAAUGUGACUUUUCCAUUUUGGAUAUCCAAUUCUAGGUGUGGACUACCCGGUUUUCAGAUCAAAUGCAUGCAGAAGGAGAACGGGAAUUGGAGUCUAUUUCUUGGCACUUUUGUAAAUUCAACAGAAACGGAGCUUGAGAUCUUGGAGAUGAGUUAUGCCGGCUCUCUGAUAAUAAAUUCGACUUCUCUAAAAGCCAUCUCGUGUAAUAAUACAGACGAUGCCUCUCUCCAUUUCACGCUACCUGCGGAUGGCCCCUUCACCGUUUACUCUUCCAAUAGAUUCGUGGUCAUUGGUUGCCGAGCAAAGGGUUCUUUCAGUCUUAAAGGUGGUGGAGGGGGAUGUCAAUCUGCAUGUCUAACUCAGUAUGAUCCAGGAUACUGCAACACCUAUGGUUGCUGUGAAGCUGGUAUUCCAGGAAAUGAGAGGGCGAUAAACUUCACGGGUGGGGGAUCCUGCGGAUUCUCCACUAUUCUCGACCCACAUACUUGGAAGUUGCCUCAAGGCGAACUUGGUUCCUAUGCGAGGGGUCAUUACGGCAUGCGCCUCCAGUGGGGCAUCAGCAAUGGAAAUUGUUCGACGGCCAAAGGAACAUCCAAUUACUCUUGCACCGAUGAAACUGAAUGUUUAGACGCAACAAAGGGCGCCCAUGUAUGCAAAUGUCUUACGAGUUAUGAAGGGAGUGGGUACUCUAAUGGCACCGGUUGCACAGAUGUGGACGAAUGCAGUGAAGCAGACUUGAAUAUGUGCGUUGAAGCAUCGCAGGGUGGUAUAUGUCAUAAUCUACCUGGCACUUACAAUUGUUCAUGUGCAAAGGAUUACAGCGGAGACGGCUUCCAAAACGGGACAAGAUGCCAGUCGCCGAGCUCGAACAACUCGCUAAGGUCUGCAAUUAUAGGUUCUGCUUCUUCAUUUAUUGGAGUUUCAUUUGCAGCGUGUGGAUUAUUUUGGUACCUAAGGAGGCGUCAGUUGAAAUAUACUGGUGACAAAAAUUUCAUAGAAAAUGGUGGUCUUGAGAUGGAGGAACGCAUAGCUUCCCUGGGAGGAAGAAAAAGCCUCAGAAUGUUUUCUGAAACAGAGUUGAAAACAGCCUCCAACAAUUACUCAGUAGAGUUGGGAAAAGGCGGCUUUGCAAUCGUGUACAAAGGGGUUCUCUCAGAUGGCAUGCCCGUGGCGAUCAAAAAGCCCAAAUCAUUUUCCCCUGAGUUCAUUAAUGAAAUUGUGAUUUUAUCCCACAUCAAUCAUAGAAACGUAGUGAAAUUGAUAGGUUGUUGUCUCCGUACUCAACUUCCCUUGCUUGUCUACGAAUUUGUGUCGAGUGGAACACUCUUUCAGCAUCUACAGUCUCCAGAAAAACACUUGUCCUCGGAAAGAAGGCGGCAAGUUGCCCUGGAGACAGCAGAAGGUAUAGCAUAUGUGCAUCAUGAAGCUUCUCAAUCCAUUUUUCAUCGUGACAUAAAAUCAUCGAACAUUCUUCUUGAUGAGACAUUUACUCCAAAAGUGGCAGACUUCGGUAUUUCUCGUCUACGACCUUCUGACGAAAUGCAUCUCAGCACACUUUUUCCCUCGGGCACUCCAGGUUAUGUGGAUGCUGAGUUCGUAAGAAGCAAUCAAUUUACAGAGAAGAGUGAUGUUUAUAGCUUUGGUGUAGUUUUGGUGGAGCUUCUUACUGGUCUAAAGCCCUUGUUGUCUCGACAAGGUGAAAUGUACACUUUAUACGACCAUUUCCUAUCUGCAAUUAAUAGUGGGCACUUAGCCGAGAUAUUAGAUCCCAGAGUAGUGGACGAAGAAACCCAAGCGCAAAUGGAGAAUAUGGCAAAUCUGGCCAAGGCAUGUUUGCAUGAGGAAGGAAGGGCAAGGCCGUCGAUGAGAAAGGUAGUGGAGGAGCUUGUGUGGAUAAGGGCAGCUACAAAACAAGCACGACUUUUAAAUAGGAAUGUGGUUCUCCCUAUGCAGAAGGGUGGUUCCACACAGGCAACACUUGAGCAUUACAAUAAAUUCCCCAGUGAGAAUGCUUCAUGGGAUUAUCACGCUUCUCUCCCUCCGAAUGCUUUUGAGGAUCCUUCGAGUUCAUUGAUUCAAAUGUCAAAUAUGAAUGGAAUAUAA